UUAGAGCAUUCGUUGAGCGGUGAUUAACGAUGAAUAUAGCUAGUAACAUUUAACAUUAAGUUCUGUCUGCUUGCGCUGACAUAAGUGGCAAAGUUACGUUUUUGUUUUUUCUCUGCUUCUUUUAUUCUUUUUUUUUUGUUUUCAAUUGGCCACUUUGCACCUGUGUGUAUGAGUGCAAAUUGAUCGCAUUUGAUAACAACGACGAGGAAAUUUUAUCCAUUCGUUCGACAUAUUUCAUUCAAUUUAUGAAAUUGAACUCUUUUAUUGAAUGGAAAACAGUUUGUGUGCAUCAAUCGGAAUUUCGUCAAGUCAACGAAAUAAUGUGGACAAUAAUCAACAUUUGGCACGCUACUUAAGCAUUUGAUUUGUGUGGCAUGUAUUUGUUGUCAAGACGACCCAAAGAGGAGACAAAAAUAAUAAUAAUAAAAUACAUCGAUCCAUUGAGCUGUUUGAUUCAGCAAUCGAAACUCGAUUCAAUUGGUUUUAAAUUAUCUUAAUUGAUCAGUAUUAACGCACUUAUUCCACCCGAAAAUAACGACGCGAACCAAUUUCAAUCACUCACUCUGUAUUGAACGCAAUUCAUUUCAAUUUUUUUUGAAUUUACGUCAUUUUAAAUUCACAUUUGGAGUCGAGGGGUUUCGCAUUUUGAGUCGCAUAAACAACGUACAAUAAAAAAAAAUCCAUUUGAAAAUGGGCUUAAAUAUUGACUUAAAAUUGCUGCCCAUGAAAGCGCACUAUUUCUUAUUCAAUGCAGGCACUGGAGCUGUUGUAUCAUAUAUGCCAGUUUAUGCACGUCAAUUGGGAUUUUCAACGUUUGUUGUUGGCACCAUUUACUCUAUUUUACCAAUAUUGGGAUUGAUCAGUAAACCCUUGUUCGGAGUCAUUGCCGAUCGAUAUCAGCGUCACAAAUUGAUGUUUGUAAUUUUCAUUGUAAUUGCAAUUGGCGCAUUUUCAUCGAUUCAAUUCAUUCCGCCGAUACCAAAACACACACAAAUUGAUUACCAUUGUAGUUAUAAUGAGGCUGAUCUCAAAUUUUGCCCCAGUUCAAUGGAUCAUUGUGCGGCCGAUUUAUUUUUACAAAAUUCCAAUAAAAACAUCACCAAAGUGUAUACAUUCGAUCUAAAAUGUGAAGUGAAAGAAGAUUGGAUGUGGAAUCACAUUUGUAAAGAAUGGGAUCGUGAUGAAAAUUGUAAACGAAAUGAAAAUAAUAUAAUUCAUAUAAAAUCGCAGGUUAAAUAUGAUGAUAUAAAAAAAAUGCAAGAGAAAAAUGAUAAGGAUUGCAUUUAUUUCCUACAUCCAAAUCUAACAUAUAAUGAUAAACCGGUGGCAAAAAGUUCAAUUUGUCCGAAGAGUAGUGUGGCCUCAAACGAUGGAUCAUUUCGUUUAACAUGUACCGGUUUCGUUGACGAUUCAAAUGUCAUGGAUUUAAUCGUUGAACCAUCAGUGAACGACACCAAAUUCACAUCAUAUCCACAAUUUUGGUUUUUUUUCGCCGCAUUGUCCAUCAGUUGGAUUGCGAUAGCGGUCAUUGUUAGUGUUGGUGAUGCAAUUUGUUUUCAUUUGCUUGGAAAACGGCACGAAUUAUAUGGUCAUCAACGGUUAUGGGGUGCCAUUGGAUGGGGAUCGUUUGCAUUACUAUCCGGAUUUUUGGUGGACUCAUUCAGUUUUUCUGUGAUUUUUUAUUUAAUGACCGCCGCACUUUUGCCAGAUACAUUAGUUUCGUCAUGUCUUGAUUUCAAACCAAACAAAGUAUCGUCCAGUAUUAUUCGAGACAUUGGACGACUAUUUCGAUCGGUUCGUGUCAUUGUAUUCUUUCUUUGGUGCAUUUCCAUCGGUGUAUUUAUCGGAGUUUUAUGGAAUUUUCUAUUUUGGUAUCUUGAAGAUCUCGCCGAUCAAAAUGGAGAUUGCAAAAGUCAAGAGCGAAUAAAAACAUUGGAAGGUCUUGUAAAUAGUAUACAGAGUUUUGGCGGUGAGCUUCCAUUUUUCUUUAUAUCCGGUUGGUUUAUCACAAAAAUUGGACAUGUAAACGCAAUGACAUUGGUGCUAUUUGUGAUGGGUAUUCGGUUAAUCUGCUAUUCAUUAUUGACAAAUCCAUGGUGGGUGCUACCAAUUGAGUUUAGCCAGGGAAUGACAUUCGGCAUAUCUUAUACCGCAAUGACAAUGUAUGCGAAUGUUGUUGCUCCCAGCGGUACAAGCGCCACAUUGCAGGGCUUAGUUGGCGCAAUAUUUGAAGGAGUUGGUGUGUCAAGUGGAAGUUUCAUUUGUGGUUACCUAAUGAAAGCCUACACGGGUCGAAUCGCAUUUCGGAUAUUCGGUGUGGCAGCAAUUUGUUUGAGUUUCUUACAUUAUUUUGUUCACAAAUUCUUGGAUAACUUUGACACGAAGCAUGAUUAUCGGUCGGCAGCGAAUGCAAUACCAAAUGACGAUUUUCAAAUGUUAGAGGACACCGAUUAUUAUUAAUGAGAGUCAUAAAUAAUGGUGCAAAUGAAUAAUUUUUUUGUCUGCAUAGACUGAUCUUACAGGGGCAUUUAUUGUACUUAAGAAAAUUCCAUAAUUUCGUUGUUUUUUCGAUUCGCAAUUGUUUUCAAGAUUUUUUUUUUAUGAAAACAAAAAUACAUUGUUUCA